AUGAAGGCCGGGACGAAUGGACCCGGGCGGCCGCUGACAGGCGACAAUAGCCGGGCCCAGCCCCCCGUGGCUCCGGGUGCGGGCGCGGCCACGGCCCUCCGCAGCCCAGAGCGCGCCGGCGCUGGCGACCAUAUGGCGCCGGCCCGGCGGGCCUCGGGUGCGGCUGUGCGUGGUGCGUUCACGGUGUGCGCUCUGUGGGGGCCGGGCGCGUGCAUUUUGUGUUUAUUCUCCGAGAGUGAGUGUACGUGCAAGUGUGGCCUGGAUCGUGUGAGGGGCUGUGGGCCCUGCGCCCAGUCUCGGGGCGAGACCCACUUUCGCUUCCCCGCUGCCCUGAAGAAGCGGCCUGGCUCUGCCUCUUCCUUCACAGCUGAGUCUGGGGCCUCGGCCCUGCUUGCCAAGUCCCGGGACGCGGGCAGGUUCUGUUCUCCGGUCCGGGACCCCGCGGCGCGAGGACCAGCUGGGCCCCUCUGCGCUAUUCGGCUACCUCUGCUUCCCCCGCUCCGCCUUCCCCGGCCCGGGGGGCCGGCGGGCGGCGCCGGGUGA